AUGGAGAAGCAAGUCAUGAGUCACGAUGAGUAUGCGGCAAGAUUUAUUACAAUUAUACAUUUUUUUUAUCUUUAUAUUUCUGUCGGCACACCUGAAGUUAAAGCAGAACAUGAAAUAUUCGCAACAAGAAGGAAGCGAAAUGACAAAGGAAAGGAAUCUUCCCGCUCCUAUUGCCCUGAACAAAGUUUUAUUCAAAAUCAGUUUAAAGCUCUGAAUUCACAUUACUGCUCUUCCUUUCUCAUUCUCAGUUUAAUUUGUUUUCUCAGGGAAUGCUUACAAUAUGCGUAA